AUGUUUGGACUCACUCCAGCAAGGGCUUUAAAGUUAAAACUCCAAAGAUCUCUCUGUCUUGGUAAUUGGUUUGCCCGCUCCCUGCUGUAGCAGAGGUGGUGAUGGAAGCAGGAGUCUUGUAGGUCAGUCGGCUGAUUAAAGAGAUGAGAGUAGAGUGGUAAGCAAGUGCUGUGUUGUAGAGGACAAGAAGCUGGAUUAUACACUGAAAAAUCCAUUGCCCAUUUAAUGACGGGGCAGUGAUCUAGCCAGUAGUUCCACACAUCGGUAGUCAGAUAGGUAGCACAGUGCCUCUAGAGCUCUUUUAUCUCAGGUUCAUCCCUGCCCCAAAGAACGUACAACCUCAGUAUUAUUUGCUGCUUUUAAACUAAGUUUUCCUCCUUCCCAGCCACGCCUCCUGCCCCCCAACUCAGCAAAGUUAGACUGAGUUUUAACUUUGUCUUCCAACAGAUCUGCCUUUGAACUGUUAAUUCCUUCGGCGUGCCCCUGCACUGUCCAAUCCGCUCUUUGAGAGACAGAAAGGAGACGCUGGCUGCUUCUGAUAUCCCUUAUCUCUCUUCCCUAGGUUCAUGCUGUUCAACCCGCCUACCCCACAUACCCUUUUUCCUUGUGGGACGUCUUUCUCGCUACACUUUCCCCUCGCUCGCCCUUGACUGUAACUUCGGAAAAGUUGGCUGUUUGGACAAUACAAAGACAGCCACUAAAAAGCAGGCUAGAGGAGCUCUAAUAAGCUUGGAUGCCAGGAGGAGACAUGGCAAAACCACUCCUAGGUCGCCGGAAUAUGGAGAGCAAUCCAGAUCUCGCCCCGGCUGCUGGCCGAACCGUAGGGAUCCUGGGAAGUGGAGACUUUGCACGCUCGUUGGCCACACGUCUGGUGUACUCGGGUUUCCAGGUGGUGGUCGGAAGCCGCAAUCCAAAGCGCUGCGCGGGCCUCUUUCCUUCAGCAGCUGAAGUAACAGCCCAGGCAGAUGCUGCAAAGAAGACGGAUGUUAUUUUUGUGGCAGUUUUCAGGGAACAUUACUCCACGCUCUGUGACCUGACAGAUGUGCUGGCUGGCAAAAUACUGGUGGAUGUCAGCAACAACACUGAAAUUAACCAUCACAAAGAAUCAAAUGCCGAGUACUUGGCUUCUCUUUUCCCAGCCUGCACCGUCGUCAAAGGAUUUAACGUGAUAUCCGCAUGGACCUUACAGUCAGGUCCCAGAGACGGGAAUAAGCAGGUCUUGAUUUGCUGUGAUAAUCAAGAAGCCAAGCGUAUAGUCGCUGAAAUUGCUCAAGUCAUGGGGUUCACCCCUGUGGACAUGGGCUCCUUGUCUUCAGCCUGCGAGAUCGAGAACAUUCCCCUGCGCCUCCUCCCAGCUUGGAAAAUCCCUGUCUUUUUGGCCCUGGGUCUCUUUCUCUGUUUCUACACCUACAACUUCAUCAGACAAGUCUUACACCCUUACAUCCGGGAGCAGAAAAACAAGUUCUACAAGAUCCCAGUGGAGGUGGUCAAUAGCACGCUCCCCUGCGUAGCCUACGUCAUGCUCUCUCUCGUUUAUCUACCCGGGGUCCUGGCCGCCUCUUUCCAGCUUCACUAUGGCACAAAGUACAGACGCUUUCCAGACUGGCUAGACCAGUGGCUGCAGCACAGAAAGCAGAUUGGUCUUCUGAGUUUCUUUUGCGCAGCCUUGCACGCCGUGUACAGCCUCUGCUUGCCCAUGCGCCGAUCUCAUCGGUAUCAGUUAAUCAACGCAGCCGUCAAGCAGGUCAUGGAGAAGAAGACUGAUGCCUGGAUAGAGGAGGAGGUCUGGAGAAUGGAGAUUUACGUCUCUUUUGGAAUAAUGGCCCUAGGCCUACUGUCAUUACUUGCCAUAACUUCACUUCCCUCUAUCGCAAACUCUCUCAACUGGAGGGAAUUCAGUUUCAUUCAGUCCACCCUUGGAUUUAUUGCCCUGGUAGUCAGCACCCUACACACCCUCACCUUUGGAUGGACAAGGGCCUUUGAUGAAAACCAAUACAAAUUCUAUCUGCCGCCAAGUUACACACUCACACUACUGGUGCCAUGUACUGUGAUCUUAGCGAAAAUAUUCUUCCAUUUGCCCUGUAUCCACCAAAGACUGCGGCGCAUUCGGAACGGCUGGGAAAAGGGAAGGUACGUGAAAUUCACACUGCCCAGUGCAACUGGUGAAUAUUCAAGCGGAGAAAGUUCCAGUAAUGUGUAGCAGAGCCUCUCUUACUGAUGGAGAAUUUCAAAGCACUAUGAAGAUUUCUUGAGGUUUUUCCUAAUUGUGUAUGUUUGGUAUAAUUGCCUUGUGGGUUGAUAUUCAUAGUUGGUGACUUUAGAAAAAUCAGUUACUGUUAAAUUAGUUUGCGCAGUAAUAUUUAAAAUAUAUUGCUGAUUUGCUACCAUGAUUGUUGCCUUAAAAAAAUCAUCAUGACAUUUGAGAGAGCAGCUGUAAAUACAUGUAGAAAACAAAUGGAAUUCUAUGGGUCGUAUUGGUCGAUUGAGACAGUAGCUGGUGGUACUCUGUACUGAUGCUUCUCUGUUGGGGCCCCAGCUGCUCUCUUUUUUAAAUAGCUGGGGGGACAAUUUGUAUCCCAUAUAAUUAUGAAGAAAUCCUUCUGCAUGUGACCUGAUGGACCAUCGGAAUCUGCUGCUAAACCAAAACAAUGGUUCUGAGAAGUGUGAGCAGUCCCUGGGGUUCUUCCACAUGGGAAGUCGACUCUGAAGCUGAAUGAGGGCAGUAUAAAUCUCAGCGCAAACUACUUAACUCCUGCCACCACAGCAGAAACAUCCAGUGACUUGGAGAACUUUGGGAUGUGUUUCCAAACCUGACCCCUGGACACAACAAAUUGGAUGGCACAUCUCAGUAUUCACGACUUUCUCAAAUGUGGACAGUGCAUUUUUUGGUCUUGUAGAUGUGGGCGAUGCAUGUGCAUAUUUGUACCGUUGGAAGAGUUGAUUUAUUUCCAAAGGUUAUAAUAGAUUUUGAAGACAGCGCCGUGCCUGAAGUGCAUUUACACCUUAGUGUAAUCCGCAGUGGUCAUUGCGACCACACAUUCUCAGUGAUGUGAAACCAAAGUUUAGUGCAUCCCCCAAUGGAAGGAGUGUAAAGAUAACCUCCAAAGGGACUCACAGCUUCAUGAUAUUGACUCUGGGCAUCGGGGAAAUGACAACUGCCAGCUGAAUUAGCAGUGACUAAUGGGGUGACGCCAUUUGAAACUACUCUUAUUAAACUCAAAUCAACGUGCUCAACUACAUCUACAACAACAACUAUCAGGUGUAUUUGUUUCACCACCAGCAAUGACACAUCUCCCUCUCUGUGACAGAUCCAGUACCUCCAAAAAAUGGGAGUUUACAUCUGUGAACAUUCUCACAAAGGCUAAAACUCAUCUGUCUCUGACCAAGUCUCAGUCAUGGAAUGGACACCAACGCAGCUACACAUUAUGGGCCUGAUUCUCCAGCGCCUUGCACCUUCAAGAGUCAUUUACUCAGCUACAAAGUGAGUAUCAUACACUGGCAUCAUGCGCAGUUACAUGCCGCCAUGUGUAUCAUCUCUGGCACCCUGUGCUCCCCCUCCUAUCAGACGAGAGGUUACCACUGGCAGGUUACUGGAGAAAGUACACGCCAACUCAAGCCUGCCGCUGCACAAUGACCUUUUCAAACCACCAGCUGCACGUUUGCCGUCACGUCACCCAUUAUGGUCUCAUCUGCCACGUCAGGAUGUUAGGGCGGAAACGUUCUGGUGGGAGGAAUGGAUAUCUGUUAUAAUCCCCAACCAGCCCCUUGUCGCCAACCCCACAAUUUGCCCGCUUGGUUUUGACCUGCCCAGUCGCCAGUGGCCCCUGUUGAACAGGUUCCAGACCAGGCAGGGUCUCUGUGCAGCCAACCAGUAUCGCUGGGGCCUUCGGGACAGCCCUUUGUGCAGCUGCGGCACAACACAGACAAUGCCGCACAUUGUCGAGGAAUGCCUGCUGACUAGGGUCAGAGGUGGCUUAGAAGAACUGCAUCACGCCACUGAAGAUGCCAAUCGCUUGGCUAGAUGACUAUGCACACGCUCAAUAAAAAUACUAGCAUCGUUUGGCAGAACUUCUCACUUACUUGGCACAGGGGUGAAUGAUGCCCACACUCUGUGCAAGGCAGUGGAGAAUCAGACUCUAUAUUUGUUUUUCUUUAUCACAACGAUUGUUCAGACUGUCCACAGUCUAAAUUAAUACACCACUCUUGACUGAAAACAAACCAAUGUCGUAGAUGCUUUACAACACAUACAAAUCCACAGUCUUUGCCCCAUAGAGAUUACAACUUGUCUGUCUACGAUGACUGCCAAACUUUACAACAGAUCCUUUAAAAAGGAGAAUCAAGAGGAAAUAGAAGAAUUACAUCAAAGUA